CGAGGUGAAAAUAAUUCAUCAGCGGUGAAAAUUGAAAGGGGAAAAAGGCCAAAUAGAAUCAAGACCCCAGUGAUAAACCCUAGGCUCCAUCAAAUCAAAGAUCGAAACGAGACUUGAAGAAUCUCCCAAUCGCAAUAGCUGCUGUUUCAUUUUAGGUCGAAAUGGGUUGGAAAGCAGCUCAGAAACUUAUCCAUCACUGGAAGAUUCUUCGCGGCGAUAAUGUGAUGGUUAUGAGAGGCAAAGAUAAAGGGGAGACUGGUGUUGUGAAGCGUGUUAUUCGUUCUCAAAAUCGUGUGAUUGUGGAAGGCAAGAAUCUGGUUAAGAAACAUAUUAAGCAAGGUCAAGGUCAUGAAGGUGGAAUUUUUACCGUAGAAGCCCCACUGCAUGUCUCAAAUGUGCAAGUUCUAGACCCAGUGACAGAGAAGCCAUGUAAGAUUGGUAUUCGAUAUCUAGAAGAUGGCACCAAGGUCAGAGUUUCCAGAGGCAUAGGUGCAUCAGAGUCCAUAAUCCCUCGCCCUGAAAUCUUAAAGAUAAGAACUACUCCAAGACCAACAAUGGUUGGUCCCAAAGACACGCCUAUGGAUUUGGUAUUAGAGAAGACGUUUGAUUCUAAAGUUGGGAAGGGCAUGCCCAAUCUUUAAUUAGGUAACAGGCAAGUAAACAGGGUCAAAGGGAUAUAAUGUACUUCGCUGCAAGUCCUUGGAAUGCAACAAAUGAUUUGUUGCGGAUAUGCAACAUAUGAUUUGUUGCUCGUGUGGUAGGCUGGUAGCCAGAAGUAAACUGACAGGGAAAUAACAAAACUAGUUGGGUAGUGCAAGUAUCACCGAGAAAACCAUAUUGGCAUGACUACUGUUACUCAAGUAUUUUGUGUUUAUAAAGAGAAAAGUGUACUUUGUGUACCUGUACUUUGAGCUUUACAACACUUGUAAUAUUGUAUUUGAAAAAUUUACACUUUCAAGACUA